GAACGUUCACCGCUUUCGAAUGCUGUGUCGGGACUGCCCGCGCGGUCUCACCCAAGAGAGUUUUGGCCAGCCAUUAUCUCUCUGUACGCCAUUUCAUCUGUUGCGAGUCACCGAGUAUGUCGUGGGACAUAGCGGAGUAUGUUUAUUUGGAUGGUAGUGCUGUGAACGAGCAUAUCAUCGCAGUUGGGGGAACCGGUGUCGUGGUCCGCCGGGGAUCCCACGCUGUCAAAAUUCCGAGGAUCUCGAGACUCAUUGAGAGCGAAGGAGUGGCUCUCACUUCUGGAACCCUGACUCCUCCGGAAGGUGCCUACGACGAGCGCGCUGCGAUGACCAAGGUUUUCCAGAAGGAGAAAGCAAUACUCAGGAGACUCGGCAACUACAAUGGGAUCAUCCAGUGCUACAACAUUCUCUCUGAUGACUGCUCGAUCGAAAUGCCUUUGAUGGAAGGCAAUCUGCGACAACUUCUUGGGGAAUGUCGACCAACGCAAAAGCUGAUACUGUCGUGGUUGCAGGAAUUGGCCAACACCAUCGCCUAUAUUCAUUCUAAACGUGUUAUUAUCGCUGACAUCCGUCUGGAUAAUAUUGUAUACGAUAGUCACAAGACGAUCAGACUUAUCGACUUCUCCGAGUCAACACUCAUGCCUCUGGACUGGGACUUGGAAGGUCAUGAUGAUGCAGGGUUUUCAACUUAUACCGACAUCGGUCAAUUCGGAGCGACAAUGUUCGAGAUGAUAACUAGUCAACGCUGUGCUUUUGACAUCUAUCAAGAAUGGAAGGAAGUAGGAGAUUCAACUAUCUGGCCCCGACGAGAUACUCUACCAGAAACCGGUGGGGUUUGGUUAGGCCCUAUCAUCGAGAGAUGUUGGACGAAAGGAUUCGCGUCAGCCAAAGACCUGUCGGUGGUGCUGGGGGAGCAGGAUCUUUGCGGAAAACAGCUCGAGAAUUGAUUGAAUGCUGGGGGAGGCUGGGUGCUUGCGUGAUGCCCCUCGAAUCCCCAUUUUGGUCUGCAGAUAUCGAGAUCCACGAGACUGAUGAGACUUCUUACUGACCAUGGCCCUUGGAACACCACUUACGAUGGAUGGUGGACAAGCUAGAAUGUCAUGGAUCUCACGGAUGAUAGUAAGGUACAUUACACCGAGUUAUCGCGGAAAUGGCAGUACACUUGCAGAACACUUGCAGAACCUAAGACUAUCGCCUCCCAUUUGCGCAGCCUCCGGAAUCGCAAAUCUGAAGGACUCAGGACUGGCUAUACCUUGCUUCAUGACGCUUGUGCAAUCUGCGGCCCCGGCGCCACCAUUUUGUCGCGACCCUUGUGUUCAAGAGUCAGCCGCUGGCGAGCAGGGUGUAGAGACCGCUGUCGCGAAAUUCGCUCAACCGUGCGAAUCAAUCUUCAGUGCGAAUCUUUUGGCCGCAGGAAUACCAGCAGUUGAGGACCUGCGAAAUAGUAGCUGCAGACCUCGCUCGCAAGCCCAUGGAGUUAGCUGCCCAAGGCGGGCAGCUGCUCCAUGAGAUUCUGAAAUGACGGUUUGCGCAGCGCUAAGAUUGGACCUGAAUGUCAAGGCGUUCCGUGUAGUCCUGCGCCGCUGGAGGUGGUCUUAUUCGGCUCAGUCAAGGCAGUACAACCACGCCUGCUGGCGAGGUCUUCGAAAAGGUUGCGGCGUAGAUACAGAGAGCUGGCCAGUACGGCGAGGACAAAGUGUUUCCUCCGGCAUUCUCCGUGCUACAAGUUCCACCAAGGUUCCGAAAGUUCCAAAACCUCACUCCAUGUCAGUCAAGUCCCAUCCAAAGGCCAUACAGGAAGCGACGUAGCUGACGUCGUUGACGUCUACCGCUCAUCUCUACUCUGAGAAUUCACCCACACUUCUCCCAGAUGAACUGAAAUAGAAAAGCGCGAAUGCAGUAGACCAUCAAAUCGAGACCCGAAAAUCCGCCUUUCGACCUCAGCUCAUGACGUAUCUUCAUUUUGCCGCGGUGCUGAGUAUGUCAGAAGCUAUGGCAGAUUCGGUCGCUUUCUAUUGUUCAGGGAGAUACAACUUGAAGUGAACAUGGCGGCGGCCCUGACGAUGAGGGACCGAAUUUGCUCGGGUAGACUUAAUUGGCCAAAUACCCGGAUUUCCUGGACAACUUCAUUCAUGGAAGUAAAAUCAUUGUGCCAGCACUUUUGCAUUAAUGCUCCUAGCGGCAAAGAUGCGACGUCGGGAAAGAUACCCGCAUCGUAUCGAUCGUGGAUAAGCUUCCGACUGUCUUCAGAUGAUUCGAGCUCGUGGUAGGGAGGCCGCCCGGUUAUAGUUUCGUAUACCGCGCACCCAAACGCGAAGAUGUCUGUCCCCACACUAGGUUCUGACGGUGGUCGUCGGUAGCUGAACCAUUCAUAGUAAGAGUCGGC